CGGCUGCGGCGGCGGCGGCGGCGGUGGCGGCGGUGGCGGCUGGGGCGAGGGGAAUGGUCCCCGGGUCGGAGGGCCCGGCCCGCGCCGGGGGCCUCGUGGCUGACGUGGUGUUUGUGAUUGAGGGCACGGCCAACCUGGGGCCUUACUUUGAAGGGCUGCGCAAGCACUACCUGCUUCCGGCCAUCGAGUAUUUUAAUGGUGGUCCUCCUGCCGAGACGGACUUCGGGGGCGACUAUGGGGGGACCCAGUACAGCCUCGUGGUGUUCAACACGGUGGACUGCGCUCCUGAGUCCUACGUACAGUGUCAUGCUCCCACCAGCAGCGCCUAUGAGUUUGUCACCUGGCUCGAUGGCAUUAAGUUCAUGGGCGGGGGCGGCGAGAGCUGCAGCCUCAUUGCAGAAGGCCUCAGCACGGCCCUGCAGCUCUUCGAUGACUUCAAGAAGAUGCGGGAGCAGAUCGGCCAGACACAUCGCGUCUGCCUCCUUAUCUGUAACUCGCCCCCAUACCUGCUCCCGGCCGUCGAGAGCACCACGUACUCUGGGUACACGACGGAGAGUCUCGUGCAGAAGAUAGGGGAGCAAGGGAUCCACUUCUCCAUAGUGUCUCCCCGGAAGCUGCCUGCCCUGAGGCUGCUGUUCGAGAAGGCAGCUCCCCCCGCCUUGCUGGAGCCGCUGCAGCCACCAACAGACGUGAGCCAGGACCCCCGGCACAUGGUGCUGGUGCGGGGGCUCGUGCUGCCAGUUGGGGGUGGUUCGGCCCCAGGCCCCCUCCAGCCAAAGCAGCCUGUUCCCCUGCCUCCAGCUGCACCCUCGGGCGCCUCGCUCUCAGCAGCCCCCCAGCAGCCUCUUCCCCCUGUCCCCCAGCAGUAUCAGGUCCCUGGGAACCUGAGUGCAGCUCAGGUGGCGGCCCAGAAUGCAGUGGAAGCCGCCAAGAACCAGAAGGCGGGGCUGGGCCCACGCUUCUCACCCAUUAACCCUCUCCAGCAAGCCGCUCCAGGAGUGGGUCCCCCCUUCAGCCAGGCCCCGGCCCCACCUCUGCCGCCAGGGCCCCCUGGCGCCCCCAAGCCACCCCCUGCUUCCCAGCCCAGCCUGGUCUCCACCGUGGCUCCUGGCCCAGGCCUGGCCCCCCCUGCACAACCUGGGGCACCGUCCAUGGCGGGCUCGGUGGCCCCUGGCGGGGUGAGCGGCCCUUCCCCGGCCCAGCUCGGGGCCCCGGCCCUUGGGGGGCAGCAGUCGGUCUCCAACAAACUCCUGGCCUGGAGCGGGGUCCUCGAGUGGCAGGAGAAGCCCAAACCUGCCUCCGUGGACGCCAACACCAAACUGACCCGGUCACUGCCGUGCCAGGUCUACGUGAAUCACGGCGAGAACUUGAAGACGGAGCAGUGGCCCCAGAAGCUGAUCAUGCAGCUUAUCCCGCAGCAGCUGCUGACCACCCUGGGCCCUUUGUUCCGGAACUCGAGGAUGGUGCAGUUCCAUUUCACCAACAAGGACCUGGAGUCCCUGAAAGGCCUCUACCGCAUCAUGGGCAACGGCUUUGCCGGCUGCGUGCACUUCCCCCACACGGCCCCCUGCGAGGUGCGGGUGCUCAUGCUGCUCUACUCGUCCAAGAAGAAGAUCUUCAUGGGCCUCAUCCCCUACGACCAGAGCGGCUUCGUCAACGGCAUCCGGCAGGUCAUCACCAACCACAAGCAAGUCCAGCAGCAGAAGCUGGAGCAGCAGCAGCGCGGGAUGGGGGCACAGCAGGCACCCCCUGGGCUGGGCCCCAUUCUGGAGGACCAGGCGAGACCCUCACAGAAUCUGCUCCAGCUCCGCCCACCACAGCCCCAGCCUCAGGGCACUGUGGGGGCCUCCGCAGCCUCAGGACAGCCCCAGCCCCAAGGUGCUGCCCAGGCCCCCCCAGGCGCCCCCCAAGGCCCUCCUGGAGCAGCCCCUGGCCCUCCCCCUCCUGGACCCAUCCUCCGGCCUCAGAACCCUGGGGCCAACCCCCAACUGCGGAGUCUCCUCCUCAACCCACCUCCGCCCCAGACUGGGGUGCCUGCACCCCAAGCCUCCCUCCACCACCUCCAGCCACCGGGGGCUCCUGCACUGUUGCCUCCACCACAUCAGGGUCUGGGGCAACCCCAGCUGGGGCCUCCCCUCCUGCACCCACCGCCUGCCCAGUCCUGGCCCACACAGCUUCCCCCGAGAGCUCCACUGCCAGGUCAGAUGCUGCUGAGCGGGGGUCCCCGGGGCCCGGUUCCCCAGCCGGGCCUGCAGCCCAGCGUCAUGGAGGACGACAUCCUCAUGGAUCUCAUCUGAACCCCCGACACCCAAUAAAGUUCCUUUUAACACAC